UUCUUAGGGCAUUAAAAUGGAGUGAGGAGUAGAAAAGAAAAUUUUAUCCCCAUCUCAGGCUCCUAUUAAUGAGAAAUUAAUGCUGUAUCCCUAUCCCUAUAGGCUAAGGCAUUGUUUCCAUAAGAAUCCCUUAAAAGCGUUCUUCUGGGGCAUUUGGUAGAAGAGGAAUGUGUUAUGCCAGCAGCAUUCAGCUCAAGCCAGCACACAUUUAAAGAUGCCCAGAUAUACCCCAAAGCUGGCCCUCCUGCCUCUGCCAUGGCCUCAUCAGUUUCUUGGGGUUCUUGCUGCUGAUGAUCACCUUCCCCAUUUCUGGCUGGUUUGCCCUGAAGAUCGUGCCCACCUAUGAGCGGAUGAUUGUGUUUCGACUGGGCCGGAUCCGCACCCCCCAGGGACCUGGCAUGGUUCUGCUCCUGCCCUUCAUUGACUCCUUUCAGAGAGUGGAUCUGAGGACACGAGCCUUCAAUGUCCCUCCUUGCAAGUUGGCCUCUAAGGAUGGGGCUGUGCUGUCUGUGGGGGCUGAUGUCCAGUUCCGUAUCUGGGACCCAGUGCUGUCGGUGAUGACUGUAAAGGACCUAAAUACAGCCACGCGCAUGACAGCCCAGAAUGCCAUGACCAAGGCCCUGCUCAGAAGGCCGCUGCGGGAGAUUCAGAUGGAGAAGCUCAAGAUCAGCGACCAGCUCCUGCUGGAGAUCAACGAUGUGACCAGGGCCUGGGGGCUAGAGGUGGACCGCGUGGAGCUGGCAGUGGAGGCCGUGCUACAGCAGCCCCAGGACAGCCCAGCUGGGUCCAGCCUGGACAGCACCCUCCAGCAGCUGGCCCUCCACUUGCUGGGAGGGGGCAUGAACUCAGUGGCAGGAGGUACUCCAUCUGCUGGGCCAGCACUUUUGGCCACCCCAGCAGAUACUCUGGAGAUGGUGAGCGAAGUGGAGCUACCUGCAUCUCAGGGCCUGAAGCAGCCUGUGGCCGAGGGGCUGCUGACUGCUCUGGAGCCUUUCCUGUCUGAAGUGCUGGUCAGCCAGGUUGGGGCCUGCUACCAGUUCAAUGUCAUCCUUCCCAGUGGCACCCAGAACAUCUACUUCCUGGAUCUCACCACAGGGCGAGGCAGGGUGGGACAUGGGGUUCCUGAAGGUGUCCCCGACGUGGUGGUGGAGAUGGCUGAGGCAGACCUGCGGGCUCUGUUGUGCAGGGAGCUGCGGCCCCUGGGGGCCUACAUGAGUGGGCGACUGAAGGUGAAGGGCGACCUGGCAGUGGCCAUGAAGCUGGAGGCAGUCCUAAGGGCCCUGAAGUAGCAGCCCUGGCUGACCAUCCAUUGCCCAGCCUCAAGUCUGGCACUAAGCUAGGGGGCUUCUUGAAGGAGGAGGUGUUGAUCUGCACUGUAGAAAGUUGAGGCCCUGAAGAGUUUCAGGGCCAACCAGGAGCCCAUGGAUGGAGGCUGGGGGCCAGCAGCAGCUGGGAGUUCCUGCCUGCAGUGGUUAUUUGACAGGCCUUUGCCCCCACCAAGUGCCCAGCCCUGAGCUGGCUACACAGAGUAAGGACAGGAGAGCCAGGACUGCCCUGUCCAGCCGACUCCCUGACAGGAGAGCCAGGACACACAGAACCAGCCUGAUGGCAGCUGGUGUGGUACCUAUGUGAAGGAUCAAAGUGCAUGGCUCAGGCUACAAGCUGAGGGGAUCUAAGAGGGUGGGGGAGGGAGAGGGAAGGCAACUCCCUGUAAGAGGCCCCUGCAACAGGACUGGGCUGGGCCCACCUUCCUGAUUGCAGUCUAGGCCAAGCUGGUGGGGGAGGGCAUGGGACUGCAGGGCCUGCAGCUUCUAUGGCCCCACUCCUGAAGACACCUUGAUUCAUCUGCCAGCUCCAUCCUGCAUGCCUGAUGAGCUGGGCCAGGGCAGCAUGCAGGAGAGCCCUGCUGUUCCUGUACGUCUUACUAGAGGUUUAAAAGACUCUGACAAAUAAAUGUGGUGUUUCCAAUGUGGAGCAGAGAAGAAGUGAAGUGUGGCUAUGGGGGUAUAGGGUGGGCUAGGAGGGCUGCAAGGUGAUGCCCCUCUGCUACCAGCCCAGGAAGGACCUAGGCCCUGGAGGCUGACCUAGAGUGUCUGGAUACCUGUAGUUCUUCCUCCUGAGUCUCAAAGCCCCAAUAUGCGGGGCCCAGGGCUUCUUUCUGUUCUUUAUAUUUGGGGAUACAGGUUGAUCAGGAAAGAGGGGCGUGGUUCUACAAACAUUAACUUGAUACAGGACAAGGUGAGGGGCUCAUCACAUUCAAGAGGGGAGUUGGGGCACUGCCAACUGCUGCCCAACUUCUCUGCUGAAGAGAAGGAAACAGGCAACCAGUCCUGGCCCUGGCCCAGCCAGCUUUGUGCUCCAGUGCUCCAGCUCACAGAGAAGGGGCCUCUGACUCUCCAGUGCUAAGAAACGAAUCUCGCUUCCUGGACAGACUUGUAGGGGGAAAACCAAAACCAAACUGCAAAAACCAGAGCUGCCUCCUUGAGGAACAGCCUUCAGCUUGUCCUCUGGCACCAGGCCUUUCCUUUGGGGCCCUUUCCUUUGGGGCCCUUUUCUUUGGCACCAGGGCCCAUCCAGUUUGCCCCUCUCCCUGCUGGUGCCAGACACUUCCUUGGCGGGCCUUCUGCCUGGCCUGGGGUGCCUUCUUCAAGUCUAGCAUGUCCCUUACAGCUGCAGUCAUGGAACUUGGAUCUCAGCUGCGGGGCCCUCCUCAGCCCCAGCCUGCCGCUCCUGGCUACCCCUCUCUGCUCACCUAGAGGCCUCUCGUGGGCCUGUCCAAGGCUCUCCUUCUAGGACUCAGUUCCAAAGUCCCCACUGGCCACACUGCUGCCCCCGAAGCCCAGCAGGGCUGCUCCUCUGCCUCUGCCUGUCUCCCCUCUUUCAACUGUCACUGCCUAUUCCCCACUGUCUGCUGCUGUACCUUUUUGCUGGGACGUGAGCUCCAAGUAAGCACAAUUCACCCGCAGAUGCCUCCAUGGCUGCUACACAUGUAAUGGCAAGUGCCCUGGGAGUACCAGGCAUCUUCACCAUGGAAGCUGGCACUAUCUCUUGGCAGGGACCAGGGGGAGCAGUGAGGAAAAUGAGAUCAUGACUUGAGAGAAACUGAAACUCCUCAGGUUUUCUCCAUGGGUGUGGGAAGAUCAACAAAUUUUAGGGGAAACCGAAACUUUUCCAGAUGUCUAGGUGGAGGGCAAGGCCUGCCACCACCAGCCACGGCUCCACCCUGUGAAAGGAGGCAAGGCCAGCACUAUAGGAACAGGAGCCUGAGGUUCAAAGGCCCCUGGGCUAGGAGGACCAAGCAGACCUUGCAAUCCACACGUGAGGGAGGGCCAAGGCCACCUAAAUGGCUUCCCUGAGGAGGCCAGGCCUGAGACUGCUGCCAUGUGGACCUUGAGAAGAGAUGGGAAAUUCACCCUGCAGAGGGGAAGUCCCUGGCAGAGCACAGAUGGAAAAAGCAGGCUGGCACUUCUGGGGAACUGAAACCAAAAGUAAGAGAGGUUGUGUGCAGGGACUUUGUAGGGGAUGCAUAGAAACAGUAAUUACCCUGUUUAUGUGCUGAAUAUGUCCCUAUACUGGACUAGGCACUUGAUACAUUUUCCUUCAAAUAACUUGGAUGAUGAUCCACUAUUCUAGUUAAUGUACCAACAUAUAAUAUGCUAUUUUAUUUUCAUUUUUAGCACCACUGGGGAUUGACCCCAGGGGCACUUUACCACUGAGCUGCAUCCCCAGCCCUUUUUAUUUUUGGAGUUAGGCUCUUGCCCUGGUUGACCUUGAACUUUCAGCCCUCCUACUUCAGCCUACCCAGUACCUGGGAUAAACAGGCCUGGCUUUGAUGUUUAUUUUAUUUUAUAAAUUAAAAAAAAAAGUUUUUAGUUGUAGAUGGACACAAUAUCUUUAUUUAUUUAGUUAGUUUUUACAUGAACUGAGGAUUGAAGCCAGUGCCUCACACGUGCCAGGCAAGUGCUCUACCUCUGAGCUACAACCCCAGCCUUUGUUGUUAAUUUUAAAUAAGUAUUUUCAUUUUGGAUAGGUAACACAUUCACAUGAUUCAAAAAUUAAAAGAAUUGUCCCUCACACACAACUCUAUACUCUUCCCCACACCUUUUUCAUAUGGAUUUUCCCCGAUAUUAGUUUCUUGGUGGUUCUUUCAGGUUUUUGUUUUUUUUUUAUUAUUAUUUUGUUUUGUUUUAACCAGGAAUUGAACCCAAGGGUGCUCAACCACUAAGCCACAUCCUCAGUCCUUUUCAUAUUUUUUAAAUUGUGAGACAGGUCUGGCUGUAUGACCUAGAGCCUUGCUAAGUUUCUGAGGCUGGCUUUGAAUUUGUGAUCCCCCUGCCUCAGCCUCCUGAGCUGCUGGAAUUAUAGGCGUGCACCAUUAUACCCAGCUUAUUUUUUAUUCUGAGACAGGGUCUUGCUAAAUUGUUUUCGGCCAUUCUCUUGCCUCAGCCUUGGGAAUAAUUGGGAUUACAGGAGUGUGCCACCUGAGCCUGGUUUGGUUGGUUGGUUGGUUUUUGGCACUAGAGAUUGAACUCCAGAGGUACUUAACCACUGAGACACAUCCCCAGCCCUUUUUUUGUAUUUUAUUUGGAGACAAGGUCUUACUACAUUAUUUAGGGCCUCACUAAAUUGCUGAGGCUGCCUUUAAACUUUUGAUCCUCCUGCUUCAGCUUCCAGAAUGACUGGGAUUACGUGCUGGGUCACUGCAGUUUGUUUUUACAUACAGUACCUAAGAAAAUCCAAACAGACAUCCCUCUGGGCUUUUGUUGAUGCUGUUUUUACACAAAUUGCAGCAUACCAAACAUAAUGCUUGUUUGUACAUCUAACAUUACCCUUGAAAAUCUUUUCAUAUUAGCACACACAGACUUUCCUGAUUCUUUUCUGUAGUUACACAGGAUUCCAUUGUGUGGAUGUGUCAUUUAUUUAACCUGUCCUAUAUCUGGGGACAAUUGGCUCAUUCUUGCUUUGUGUUACUUUGAACAUUGUUGCAGUCCCUAACCUUUAACAGGUAGUUUCACCUAUGGUUGACUUUAUCUGUAGGAUGAAAUCCUAGAAAUGAAACUGCUGGGUCAAAGUAUUUGUAGUUUAAUAAAUAUUGCCAAAAUCCCCUCGUUAGGAAUUAUACCCAUCAUAAGUGAUUGAGAGUAUUUUUUUUCUCAUAACCAUGUCAACACUGUGUUAAUAAACUUUUGGGAUUUUUUUGGGGGGGGCAGUCUGGUAAGUGAAUAAAUGGAGUCUUGGUUUAGUUUUUUGUUUAUUGUUCAAUUGUUUGUUACAUUUUAACAGUUGGGGGCUGGCAGAGCCUGAGGCAGGAGGAUCCCAAGUUUGAGGCUAGCUCUUGAACUUAGUAAGUCCCUGUUGCAAAAUAAAAAGGGAUAGGGAUAUAGCUCAGUAGCUUCUGGGUUCAAUCCUCAGUGCCAAAAAAAAAAAGAGUUGGCUUUCCAGUCCCAGAAAAAAUGUAGCAUAUAUUUACUAUUUUUAAAGAAGGUAAAAUUUACAUGUAAUAAAAUGUGUCAUUUGACGUGUUUUGACAAAUGUGAACACCUGGGUAACUGCCAUGCACUACAGUGAGACAGAACAUUCCCAUCCACUAAAGUUCCCCCUUGUCCCUGAGGGCCUGGAUAGUCCCAGCCCCAGGUGAUCACUGAUCUGCUUUCUGUAACUAUUGAUUAUCUUUGCCUUUCUAGAAUGUCAUAAAUGAAACCAUAUAGUAUGUA